AUGGACCUACAACUUACCUUGGAAGAUAUUCCUGAUUGGUUUUUAGGGUCAUAUGUAAAGAAGAAUAGAAAUGCCAUGGAUGACGAGAUCAUUAAGGCAUAUGUAGAUGGCCCAGUACAACAAGCAUCAGGGUCGAGUCAAACGCGUGAACUUGAGAAGGCCUUUAACAUCUCGUUCCGAGAUCCUGUCGGCUAUCUACGUGCACUAUGCCAACGGAUACGUCAAGUUGCAGACACUGAUGACCACUUCAAUUACUUAACUAUCAUCCAGUCAUCAGGAUAUGGAAAGACAAGGGCAGGCUGUGAACUUGCAGCUGAAUUUCCCUUUGUUUAUGUCUGUUUUCGCGAAAAUGGCUCAACUGGAUACCCUCCGGCCACCCCGAGAAGUAUGGAUAUGCUAAGAAACAUAAAAGAAGCAAGGAAUAUAGAUGAAGCUGAAGUUGAGGCAGUGGGCUGGAUUCGAUCGAUCAUCUCGACGUUUCAUGAGAAAAGAGAAGAAUUUUGCAAGAAGGAACCGCAAGAGAGAUACCAGCAAGCGUUGUUGAAAGACCAGCAACAAGCCAUAGAUUUCUGGAACGCUGUCGAUGCCAAUCGUGAAAAUGAAGAGAUGCCGCAAACUAGUAAGAAGAUAAUUCUUUUUAUCGAUGAAGCCUCUGCUCUACUUUCUAAAAAAAAGAAUCAAGAGACUGUUACUGAAAAAAAUCAGGCAUUUAGAGCAGUUCGGCGUGCCCUACUCAAAUAUAAAGCCUAUAUUACCGGUCUCUUGACAGAUACAAAUUCCUCGGUUGCCAACUUGGCACCUCAGAUUGAACAUGCAAGGGGCUCUAACCGUAAAGUCCAUAAACCAUUCAUCUACUUGGCCACGAUGGAUUGCCUAAGUACCGAUAUUUCACUCAAUGAGAAUGGUUCAGGUCAUGAUAUCAUUCGGUUUGGCAAACCGUUAUGGGGUUCUCGGUGGCAAUCAGCAGAGUCCUGGGAGACAAGCCAAGAAAAAUUUAACAAUAUUAUACAAUUUGCCAAGUUUAAGCUUCGUGGGGGAACGAAUCAAUGGGACCAGAAUACUGAGAUAAAAAGAAAAGUAUCACUUGCUGUAAUUGCUUGCAUUGCCACUUUAUAUAUCUCCCCAAUCUCAAGCUUGGCACCUGAUCUCGUCAAGUCGCAUAUGGCAACAUUGAUUCACAUUGAUGAUGAUCGCAAGAAACAUCUGAUAACUUACCCAUCUGAGUCUGUAUUGGCUGAAGCUGCACUGGAGGUGCUAUCAGAGAAUGGUGUAGAGCUUGGGGUGCUAAUGGAACUGGAUGCUGUCAACAAAUCCAGUGGAAUCCUUGAUGCAGGGAGCCAGGGGGAGCUGGUUGUUUCGUUCUCAGUCAGACGUUCAGUUCUCAAAUUUCUUGAAGAGCUUUUUGAACUAAAGCUUCCAAAGGAGAGAUUUUCCUACCUAAAAGACUUUGAAGUAGGAUUUACCCACUUUAUUGGACUUACAGAAAAACCAAACAUAUCAAUACUCAAAAGCAUUUGGGAUCGGCGUGUUAUUAGACAUAAGGCGGAUAAAGAACGUUUUGGAGUAUUGGUAGUACAGGUCAAGAACUAUGCAGUUAAGCAGAACCAAACGGAAGAAACCUUUGCAGCAGGAUGUCAGCUUGAGCCUAGGAUUACCUUCUCUGAGGACUGUGCUAACAUUAUUAAGGAUAAUUAUCUGGCCAUUUAUGUUCACACUGGAGCAGCAUACAAAGACACCCCUGAGCUUAAUUCAUUUAAAUAUAGCCCACCAACUACGCGAUCAUCCGCAUCCAAAACAGCUGAGAGUUCGAGUAGUGAUAAUCAGCUCUUAGUCCAUGGUCUAGGUUCCUUUAAAUCCGAAUACCGGAAUAUACUUGAAAGUCUUCUUUGUGCACGGAAUGAUGCAACACUACUCUGCGCUCCAGAAGACAGACGUUUUCUGUAUUACAUGUUACCUUGUGCUUAUGAGAGUGCUAAGAAAAGUGAUGAGCAAGAAGAAAGUUCAUUGACUGCAAAGAAGCGCAAGCAGAGUAGGAAAGGAAGAGAUUCUUAUCAAAUUAAAUUUGUAAAGUUAGCUACUAGAUUGCAUAAAAUGACAUUCUUACGUAAUAAAUUGGCCUUAAAUCCAUUACAAGACCUAGUCAAUGAACACAAUACCAAAUCUUUUUCAACAACCGAAUUAAUAACAAUUAUAAGACUAACAGAUAGAGUUGCCAUUGUGGUUGCUCAAAAGAUUCUAAGAGAAAAGUUUGCCGAAUUACAUGAGGCGUUUCAAGUCCAGAUCCAAGCAAGAUAUAUUUUUAAUGGCCAACUGAAAGUGAUGAAUGGUGGAGAAAUAACUGCCAGCUGA